UCGUGGGGCCUCUUUUUCUCUCUCUUCCUCGGGGAAGGAAGUCGACCUUCGGAGAGUGUUGGGCAUUCCCACUUUUUGCCUGCCCCUGCCCGCCCCCCGUUCCAUGCUGCCCUGGUUGGUGCCUCUUUUUUUCUCAAUUUUCUCAUUCUUCUAUUGCAUUUGCUGCUGCUGCUGCUUCCCUGGCAGAUGCAGACGUACGGAUACAUAUGCGGACGACAUGGUCUUUUUUGGCCCAAUUCAGAACCUUUGCGAUCGGAUACCACGCUCGAGGUGACACUCUGGGAGUUGAUCUCUUCUAAAAUUGGUCUUCGGGGGCCGGAUGAUGGAUCCCCGGUAAUUGGUAAAGUAAAUUGGCACGCUGGAAUACCGGAGCAGAUUGGAAUAUUGGACUACUUCUUGACCGCCUUCACGGGGCUCUCUCCCCACCCCAAUCAACAUCAUGCCGUGCCGUAG